AUGGAGGCGGCGGCUCUGCCUCGUCCGGCGGCGGCGGGGAGCGGCGGGAGUGGCGCGGCGACCAAGCUGCAGAAGGUGUACCGCAGCUACCGGACCAGGCGGAGGCUCGCCGACUCCGCCGUCGUCGUCGAGGAGCUCUGGUGGCAAGCACUGGACUUCGCGCGACUUAACUACAACACUAUCUCCUUCUUCGACGAACCCAAGCCUAAGACUGCUGCCAUGCAUUGGAAUCGUAUUAGCCAAAACGUGUUGAAGAAAGAACGUGAGCUCUAUGAAUACAUUAUUACCGAGGGAAAAAUUAUCCAUAAGCAAUCUGGAGAACCACUUGAUACAAACCAAGGUCCUAAAGAGGCUUAUUGGAUUUUUGUCAUGAGCACAGCAAGAAGACUUUAUGCUGGCAAGUCCAUCUGGGCAUAUAGUGGUCACUACAAACCAAGCACAGAGGAUCUCAAUAAUUUCAUGAAAUUUCUAGACGAAAAUGGAGUUAAUCUCAAAGAAAUUGAGAUGCGGCCAUUCACCAAAGAAGACUACCAUGAUGGUACAAUGCCUAAUGAAGCACAAAACGUUGUUGUUGAUACCAAUCCUUCGCAAGUGAUUCUCUCUACAGACACAAAGGAAGGUGGUGAAGGCAAGGAUGCUCCAACAGAACAAGCAAAGCUAACAUACCGUGGAACCUUGUCAGGUGGUCUACACAUCCCCAAAGGCACCACCGAUGUCCCUCAGAAGGCAAUUCUUGAGAGGAUUAAAUCCAAGAGUGAGACUGAAUCUUAUCAGCUUGGCCUCAAGUUAUCCCUAAACUGGAGCACUGGAGCUGGCCCUAGAAUUGGGUGUGUGAAGGAUUAUCCAACAGAGCUUAGAAUGCAAGCUCUUGAAAAGGUACACCUGUUAACAGGGGCAUCAACAAUACCACAUGCAUCGCUGCUCGCACAAGCUCAAGAAUGUCAUGACCCGGCUAGCAAGUUAGAAGCCUAG